UAUAGUACCUUGUGAAGCAAUUAAUGGCUCAUUUGGUUUUCUUUGCUUUGCUAUUUGCUGGGCAAGUGAUUGGUGGAUUCAGUACCCAAAGGCUCCCUCCACCCCAAAAUAGAGACAUCAUAACUGUUCUGAGCGUUGAUGGUGGUGGUAUCAAGGGGAUUCUUCCAACAACAGUUCUUGAUUUCUUAGAUCAGGCUCUUAAGGAAAAGGAUCCAAAUGCAGAUUUAGCACAUUACUUUGAUGUGAUAGCAGGAACUAGCACUGGUGGACUCAUAACAGCCAUGUUAGCCUCCCCAAGUCCUGAUGAUCCUACUCGUGGUUACUUUACUCCUGCACAAAUUGUAGACUUCUACCAACAAGAAGGCCCUCAUAUAUUCGAUGAAUCUUGGUAUAAUAAGAGUAGAAUUAUGUUAGGAAUUCAAGUGUGAGUCUAAGUCCCACAUUGAUCAGAAAUGAGAAAGUAGAGCACUAUAUAAGAAUAAAGACCCAUAAACCCAUUGCCUUAAGGUUUUGGGUUGAAAGUGGUGUCAAUAUCUUAUGUGGUUAGGCUUAAGUCUCAUUGAUGUUUGUUCUCCCUAGUGAAACCCCCUCCUUGUAAAACCUAACACAUUAAUAUUCUCAGAACA